AGGACGCAGGCUCGUGGAGCACAAGCCUGGGAUCGUGAAGCGUGUGAUCCCGGGGCGGUGAGGAAUCCUCGGCCACCCGCCGCAGCAUGGGCGGCAAGAACAAGAAACACAAGGCACCCGGCGCCGCGGCCGUCCGGGCCGCCGUGUCUGCUUCGAGAGCCAAGGCUGCAGAAGCCGCCGCCGCCGGGGAGGCCCAGGGCAAGAAGCCUGGGACAAGACCACCUCCCGCCGCCGCCGCCGUCACCGGCGCCAGGGAGCCCCGUGUCAAGCAAGGCCCAAAAAUUUAUAGUUUUAAUUCUGCAAAUGAUUCUGGUGGUCCUGCAAAUGUGGAUAAAUCUAUUUUGAAAGUGGUAAUUAACAAUAAACUAGAGCAAAGAAUUAUUGGAGUGAUCAAUGAACAUAAAAAGCAAAAUAAUGACAAGGGAGUGAUUUCUGGAAGACUAACUGCCAAGAAAUUGCAGGAUUUAUACAUGGCCUUACAAGCAUUUUCCUUUAAGACUAAGGACAUUGAGGAUGCCAUGACUAACACUCUCUUACACGGGGGCGAUCUUCAUUCUGCCCUGGACUGGCUGUGUUUGAAUCUUUCAGAUGAUGCACUUCCUGAAGGAUUCAGUCAGGAAUUUGAAGAGCAGCAACCGAAAAGUAGGCCAAAAUUCCAGUCUCCUCAGAUACAAGCCACUGUUUCUCCUCCACCGCAACAACCUAAAAUCAAAAAACAGGAAGAAGACACUAAAGUUAAGCCAAAAAAGGAAGAAAAGAAUAUGGAAGUAAAUAUGAAAGAGUGGAUUUUGCGCUAUGCUGAACAACAAAAAGAAGAAGAAAAGAGUGAAAAUUCUACAAGUUUAGAAGAGGAAGAAAAAUUUGACCCUAAUGAAAGAUACUUACACCUUGCAGCCAAACUUCUGGAUGCAAAGGAACAAGCAGCUACCUUUAAACUAGAAAAAAACAAGCAAGGCCAAAAAGAGGCUCAAGAAAAGAUAAGGAGAUUUCAAAGAGAAAUGGAGACUUUAGAAGACCAUCCAGUAUUCAAUCCAGCCAUCAAGAUUUCACAUCAACAAAAUGAAAGGAAAAAGCCUCCUGUGGCCACAGAAGGAGAGAGUUCUUUGAACUUUAAUUUAUUUGAAAAAUCUGCAGCUGCUACUGAAGAAGAAAAAGAUAAAAAGAAAGAACCUCAUGAUGUCAGAAAUUUUGACUAUACUGCUCGAAGCUGGACUGGAAAAUCACCCAAACAAUUCCUGAUUGACUGGGUCAGGAAGAAUCUCCCCAAGAGUCCAAAUCCUUCCUUUGAGAAAAUUGCAGUAGGUCGAUACUGGAAAUGUAGAGUAAGGGUUAUAAAGUCUGAAGAUGAUGUCCUGGUCGUGUGCCCUACCAUUCUGACGGAGGACGGCAUGCAAGCCCAGCAUCUGGGCGCUACCUUAGCCCUGUAUCGUUUAGUCAAAGGACAGUCUGUUCAUCAGUUGCUUCCUCCCACUUACCGAGAUGUUUGGCUGGAAUGGAGUGAUGCAGAAAAGAAAAAAGAAGAACUAAAUAAAAUGGAAACCAAUAAGCCACGUGAUCUUUUUAUCGCCAAACUUCUGAAUAAAUUGAAACAGCAGCAGCAACUGCAACAGCAGCAUUCUGAAAAUAAGAAAGAAAACUCUGAAGAUCCUGAGGAAUCUUGGGAAAAUUUAGUCUCUGAUGAGGAUUUUUCUGCCCUGUCCUUGGAUUCAGCAGUUGCAGAAGAUUUAGAGCCUAUCAGAAACCUUUUUAGAAAGUUGCAAAGUACACCAAAAUAUCAAAGACUCUUAAAGGAGAGACAACAGUUACCUGUUUUCAAACACCGGGAUUCCAUUGUUGAAACUCUUAAAAGGCAUCGAGUAGUAGUUGUGGCAGGUGAAACAGGAAGUGGUAAAAGUACUCAAGUGCCCCAUUUUCUGCUAGAAGAUUUGCUCCUACAUGAGUGGGGGACAAGUAAAUGUAACAUUGUCUGUACCCAGCCCCGAAGAAUCUCAGCAGUGAGCUUGGCCACCAGAGUGUGUGAGGAGUUGGGCUGUGAAAACGGACCUGGAGGAAGGAAUUCUUUGUGCGGGUAUCAAAUCCGGAUGGAGUCUCGAGCUAGUGAGUCGACCAGGUUACUCUACUGCACAACAGGAGUUUUGCUAAGGAAACUGCAAGAAGACGGUCUGCUAACUAAUGUGUCUCAUGUCAUUGUGGAUGAAGUUCAUGAAAGAAGUGUCCAGUCAGACUUCCUACUGAUUAUUCUGAAGGAAAUUUUGCAAAAACGGUCUGAUUUACACUUGAUUCUAAUGAGUGCCACUGUGGACAGUGAAAAAUUUUCUACAUAUUUUACACACUGCCCGAUUUUGAGAAUUUCAGGGAGAAGUUACCCUGUUGAGGUUUUUCAUCUUGAGGAUAUAAUAGAAGAAACGGGCUUUGUACUGGAAAAGGACUCAGAAUAUUGUCAGAAAUUUCUAGAGGAGGAAGAAGAAAUAACUGUUAAUGUUACAAGCAAAGCAGGUGGAAUAAAAAAGUAUCAGGAAUACAUCCCAGUUCAGACUGGAAUAAGUGCUGAUUUAAAUCCAUUUUACCAUAAGUACAGUAACCGCACUCAGCAUGCCAUUCUCUACAUGAAUCCGUAUAAAAUCAACCUGGAUCUCAUUUUGGAACUUCUCGUAUAUUUAGACAGAAGUCCCCAAUUCAGAAAUAUUGAAGGAGCAGUAUUGAUUUUUUUACCUGGGCUUGCUCAUAUUCAGCAAUUGUAUGACCUCCUGUCAAAUGACAGAAGAUUUUAUUCUGAACGAUAUAGAGUGAUAGCUCUGCAUUCUAUUCUUUCAACUCAAGAUCAAGCUGCAGCCUUCACACUUCCUCCUGCAGGAGUCAGGAAGAUUGUUUUAGCAACCAAUAUUGCAGAGACGGGUAUCACUAUUCCAGAUGUUGUAUUUGUAAUUGAUACAGGAAGAACAAAAGAAAAUAAGUACCAUGAGAGCAGCCAGAUGAGUUCUUUGGUUGAAACCUUUGUCAGCAAAGCCAGUGCCCUGCAGCGCCAGGGGAGAGCUGGGAGGGUCCGAGAUGGCUUCUGUUUCCGAAUGUACACAAGAGAAAGAUUUGAAGGCUUUAUGGAAUAUUCUGUUCCUGAAAUAUUGCGUGUACCUCUGGAGGAAUUAUGUCUGCAUAUUAUGAAAUGCAAUCUUGGCUCUCCAGAAGACUUCCUCUCCAAAGCCUUAGAUCCUCCUCAGCUUCAAGUAAUCAGCAAUGCAAUGAAUUUACUACGAAAAAUUGGAGCUUGUGAACUAAAUGAGCCUAAACUAACUCCAUUAGGGCAACACCUUGCAGCUUUACCUGUGAAUGUCAAGAUUGGCAAGAUGCUUAUUUUUGGUGCCAUAUUUGGCUGUCUUGACCCAGUGGCAACACUUGCUGCAGUCAUGACGGAGAAGUCCCCCUUUACCACACCAAUUGGUCGCAAAGAGGAAGCCGAUCUGGCCAAGUCUGCUCUGGCUGUGGCGGAUUCGGACCACCUGACAAUCUACAAUGCGUAUCUGGGGUGGAAGAAAGCACAGCAGGAAGGAGGCUACCGUUCUGAGAUGGCGUACUGCCGGAGGAACUUUCUGAAUAGAACAUCUCUGUUAACGUUGGAGGAUGUGAAGCAGGAGUUAAUAAAGUUGGUCAAAGCAGCAGGAUUUUCAUCUUCUACAACUUGCAACAACUGGGAAGGAAACAAAACCUCACAGAGUCUCUCUUUCCAAGAAAUGGCCCUUCUGAAAGCUGUCCUGGCUGCUGGGCUUUAUGACAACGUGGGGAAGAUAAUCUACACAAAGUCAGUGGACGUUACAGAAAAACUCGCAUGCAUUGUGGAGACGGCCCAAGGCAAAGCACAAGUCCAUCCAUCGUCAGUAAACCGAGACUUGCAGACUCACGGGUGGCUCUUAUACCAGGAGAAGGUAAGAUAUGCCCGAGUGUACCUGAGGGAGACCACCCUCAUAACUCCUUUCCCAGUGUUACUCUUUGGUGGCGAUAUAGAAGUUCAACACCGGGAACGCCUUCUGUCUGUGGAUGGCUGGAUCUAUUUUCAGGCCCCUGUAAAGAUAGCCGUUAUUUUCAAGCAACUGAGGGUGCUCAUUGAUUCAGUUUUAAGAAAAAAGCUUGAAAAUCCAAAGAUGUCCCUUGAAAAUGACAAGAUUCUGCAGAUCAUUACAGAAUUAAUAAAAACAGAGAAUAAUUGAAACUGAAAUCCAUGGUGAACUGCUUUAAAAAUUAAGAUGAAGAUACACUCAAGAAAUUAUGUGACAAUGGACCAUCCUAUUAAGUAUUUCAUUACUUAAAAUGUUGGUACUUGCCAUUACUUCAAAGUAGCAGGGGAAAAGCACAUACUUUAAACAUGUAAUUUUCUAGUUCCUUUUUAAUGCCAAUUAUUCUCAAUGUAUUUGUCACUACAUUUACAAUAAACACUUUGGUAU